GAACCACAUUCAUAAUAAUGAAGUCAGAAAUAAAGGGUUUGAAAGAAAUAAGAUUAUUCAUAAAAAACAGACUUUCGAAUUAUGAUGGCACAUUUGUAAAAGAAUUUUCACAAAGGAAUCUUGUUUUUGAUUUGAUAGUGAGAACAAUACAAAGUGGUGAAUCUAAUUCAGUAAUACUAAUUGGUCCAAGGGGUUCAGGCAAGACCAUUUUAAUCAAUGAUGUUUUAUCCAAUAUACAGAACAACCUCAAGUUCUCAAAAGAUUCCAUCAUUGUUCAGUUGAAUGGUUUAAUUCACACUGAUGACCGCCUUGCAUUGAAAAGCAUCACUUUCCAAAUGAAUCUAGACAAUGUUGUGGAUGGAAAAGUAUUUGGUAGUUUUGCAGAAAAUUUAGCUUUUCUAUUGGCAUGUUUGAGAACAGGAGAAAAACAUACAUCCAAAAGUGUAAUUUUUAUACUAGAUAAUUUUGAUUUAUUUUGUGCUCAUCAUAAUCAAACUCUCUUAUACAAUUUGUUUGAUGUGUCACAAUCUGCUCAAGCACCCAUAUGUAUAGUAGGUGUAACUUGUAGACUAGAUGUUAUAGAGUUGUUAGAAAAACGAGUCAAAUCAAGAUUUUCUCAUAGACAAAUAUUUCUAUUUCCUGAUAGUGAUGUACAAGAAGAUUACACUUUGGAAUGCAAAAUCAAACAAAUUGAAGGCUAUUUGAUGUUACCAGAGGUCAAGUCAGAAAUCAAUAUCAACAACAACAUCAGAAAAAAUUGGAAUUCACAUUUAGAUAGUUUGUUGGGUGAUAAAAAAUUUAGAAAUAUCAUUCAGAGAUUGGUAGAUAUAGAUAUAAGCAGAAUUGCAUUGAAAAAUUUUUUGACCAACAUUUUCUUUCAUCUAGAUCAAGAAAAGCUCACUGUGGAAAUGUUUCAACUAGAACUAGAUAAAUUGGAAAAAGAUGAUAUUGUUCAAGUACUACAAGAUCUUAAUGUCCUAGAAUUGUGUUUGAUAAUUGCAAUGAAACAUCAUGAUGAAAUAUAUGACAAUCAACCCAUGAAUUUUGAGAUGAUUCUGACAAGAUACAUGAAGUUUGCUAAUAGCAAUUCCAAUACCCAAACUGUGCAGAGGCCAGUAAUCAUGAAAGCAUUUGAACAUAUCCAGAAUUUGGAGCUGAUUUCUAUGAUAAGUAGCAGUGGAACAAGAAUUCAGAAAGAAUAUCAAUUUUUCAAACUGUUAGUGUUACCAAGACAAAUUUCUGAGGCUGUGAAAAAAUCUGUUGGAUUGCCAACAGAAGUAGUACAAUGGGCAAACAGUUCCUUUACAUAAUACACGAAGAUAUGGGCAACUAGAAACUAUUCUUUUCACUUUUGUUUGGUUUCCAUUUUGAAAUGUUUUUAUCUAUUCUUCAUAAAACAAGAACAAAGUGAACACCGUGUAUACAAUAAUAAAUUUAUAAGUGAAAAUUACAUGAUAAUUUUU